AUGCCCGAUUUCUCCGAUAAAGAUGCCUUCAUCCACGCUCUCAAGAGUUACUACACCACGCUAUCCUCCUCCGGUCUCUUCGCCCUGGAGACGAUCCGAGACCCGCCGGCUGGAGGCUGGCCUCUUGCCGCCCUCUCCGUCCCGCCCACUCGCUCCAAAGCAGCCAUCUCUCUGCUCCGCCACAUCCCCUACCUGGAGCCCUACGCCGCUCCGGAUGGACAGACAUCGCAAUGGCCAAUUCUAGUCAAGGCCCUCGCGAUCAAUUACCUGGAACCCUUGCGAAAGGAUUACCCUGACCUACCACCAGACGUGAUCGUCCUAGCCCGUGCCUCCAGCGUCGACCCCAGCAGGUGUGAUGAAAUUGUAGACUGCACACUGAACUGCGCGACAGGAGAGGUGACUAGCUCAAAUGAGACAGUCUCCGCGACGGAAUUCUUCGAGAUGCGGAUUGGGGAACUGAAAGAUCAGACCGUCAUGCCGCUGCCGCCGGUAGACGACAUGGCGCCCGCGCUGUUCUCGGACGAGUGGGGACGGGACGACAUCGUGAAGAGGGCGCUGCGGGAUGUGCAGAUCAGGUGCGGGUGGACGGGGACACACAACAUUCUCGUGUGGAACCGAGCCAAGUUCCUGCGAGAGAUGGCCUGGUUCCGGAGAAGGAGGCGGAGAAUUGAGGAGUGCCGGGCGGCGAGAGAGGAGAUGUUCGAUGACGAGGCAGAUGAGGACUGGCCGCCGGAAGACACGUCCGGAGCUUCGUCUGAAAGCGAGGGGACGUCAAAUGAGUCUGAUUUGGAAGACAAGGGCGGGGCCGAUGACAUGACGAACGAGCUCGCCGGGCUGUGGUCUGAUCUUGACGAGGCCGAGUUUGACCACGUCAGCGAGCAACUCGCCAAAGACAACAUCUCGCACGCUUUCCAAGCGCCGCGCAAAGGCCAGGCCCCGGUCCGUCUCGCUGUGCCCGCCCCCGCGGCACAGAAUGAGGCCACGGCUGCGCGUGACGCCCUCGUCGACGGUCUGACGCGCUACUACACCCUCCUCACGCGCGCUGCCUACCUUCCCGCCGAGGCUGUCGACUACCCUCCCCCCGAAGGCUGGCAGACGCCUCUCUUCCAAGAAGAUAAGCUCCGCGCGGUGAAGUACGACGAUGAAACCAUUGAGGUGCUCCGCCACUUGCCAUACAUCCGUGAGGCGGGCGAGAUGGAAGAUCAACAGUGGCAGGUUUUCGCGCGAGGCUACCCGAUCCGAUAUCUCCAUGACGGCCACCUCCUCCAGCAAAGCCCGUCGAAACUCGCAAAGAAGAAACUGCAAGACCUCGGCUUUUCGCCGUACAAAGCGGCCCUGCCGGGGACAUUGUUUGCUGUCGUCAAGGCGAGGACCGAGUCAGACUCGCACUGGUGGCUCGUGGAUCUGGAGAAAGGUAUGCCAUCAAUUAAGAGGCCAACGUUGGCACUGACACUAUCGCUAGGCGAGAUUAUGGUCGACAACGCCACGACGCAGGUUGACAGGGGCUCGACAAAGACGACGCCCUGGCUGCGCAACAAGGCGGAGCCGAUUUCUUCGUUCUUUGACAAGUUGGUCCAUCGACUCGUCACGCUAGAUCUAGUGCCUAUGCCGGACCUGGGGAGACUCGAGGGCAUGUAUGACGAAGACGUCUACGGGCCUGAGAUUUGGGGCGGCAUCGCGGCGAGGGAGGAGGAGAAUGUGCGCGGGGCGCUGGAUCUGGAGAUUGAGAUCUACCUCGAGAACGGAUGGCCUACGCACGAGUUCAGGAGACAAGAAUGCAUUGAUGCGCUGGUGCAGAUGAGGCAGCAGAUGUGGCAACACGUGCGGGACGAGAGGCAGAACCUGUACGAAGCCGAGUACGCUGACAAAAUGUUGGAAGAAGAAGUCGAUGACGAAUAUCACGACGAUGUGGAUGAGGCAGCAGAAUGA